AUGGCAUUUCCUGAUUUUCCAUUUCCUUCAGAGUGGAACUCAUUUUUAAGUCAUCAACAAGUUCUCAGAUAUUUACAAGAUUAUGCCUGUCAUUUUGACUUGUACAAAUUUAUUCAGUUCAACUCCAGUAUCAGCAGUGUCCGUCCACUGAUAGGAAAAGACAGUCAAAAGCCAGUGUGGGAAGUUGUUGUUACAGAUGCUGAUACAAUAAAGGAGUUGCAGCAAGUUUUACUUUUUGAUGCUGUUAUUGUUUGCAAUGGGUAGGUAUCAUUAUUAGGUAUCAGUAUUAUUAUUUUAUUUUGUUGUUCCAAACAAUACAAAAUGUAUCAGAUCAUUAUCUUCACAUUUUGUUAUUGUUACAGCUGUAAUUUAAGGCUAUUAGGGUUUUAGCAGGGUUCUCUGGAAAAUGUAGAAGCGGCAAUAGAUUAGAUCAAAAGGAGCAGAAAACCUUUCAUGCGACAUAGUUGCAUUUUAGUGCUUUAAGAGGAAGUAUUUUUUAAAUUAUGGGAAUUUUUUUUUGCUUUGUUCCACACGCAUCACUUUUCUUAGGGUCCAUCCCUCAGGGAACAUUCCCUAGAACUAGUGACUUUAAUGAUUUCUCCCAAUACAAUAUUUAUACAUCACUUUUGAAUCAAAGAUUGCAGUUUACAGAAAUACUCCUCUAGUCAAAAACGGGUAUGGAUUUUAGCGGUCUGGUCUGAAAACGGGUCUGGAAAAUGACAUUUUUUGGUCUGAAAUAUUGUCAGGAAUUAGACAACUGGGUGGCACACCCCCACCAAGAAUUCCCAGGAGUAUCCCCCCCCCCACAUCAGUUUGACCACUGAAUUUUAUUCCUAGUUGUUUGUCUUUUCUGAGUUUACAAAAGGCGUUGAAGAUCUAAUGGUAUUUAUUUAACACCUUCUAAAGUGUGUAUUCUAAGACUAUAGUAUUCUAAGUCAUAAUAAAACUCUUUUGGCCCUUUUGCAAAAAAAAAAAGAAAAUCAACAACAACAUCAAAAAACACUUAUAUUUAAAUUUAAACUUUCUUUCUCCAGACAUUUUGCUGUUCCUCGUUUGCCAGUAAUUCCUCAUCUGGAGUCUUUUCCUGGGCUUGUGAUGCAUAGUCAUAAUUAUCGGCAUCCUGAAGUCUUUCAAGGAAAACAUCUGGUUAUUUUUGGUAGUGGACCUUCCGGGGUAGAUAUUUGUCUUGAUGUAGCAAACUGUGCAGAAAAAGUUUAUUUCAGCCAUAAAAACACAUUUUGCUCUAAACUUCCAGAAAAUGUGGAACAACACAGGCCAAUAAUGUCUAUCUGCAUGGAUGGAACAGUCAUGUUUGAGGAUGGACAAGAGAGGAAAGUUGACUCAAUCUUAUUAUGUACUGGUUACAUGAUUUCUUUUCCGUUCCUGCACGAUGACUGCAGUAUCAUGGUCAGGAACAACAGAGUGACGCAUUUAUACAAACACAUUUUCAAUACAAAAUACCCAACACUGUCGUUCAUUGGGCUAUGCGCUAAGAAGUUCUGCACAUUUCCACGUUUUAGCCUCCAAGCCCAGUACAUUGCAUCAGUUUUGAGUGGACGAAAGAGUUUGCCCUCUGAAGGUCAGAUGAAUGCCGAUGAAGAACAAGAUUUCCAGGAGAGACUGUCUCUUGGGAUGCCUGAACAUCAUGCUCAUAUCAUAGGCACUAGGGGAGAUUAUGAUGGAAUUAUCGCACAGCUGGCUGGCGUUGACAGGCUGAGUCCAGUAUACCAUUCUCUUUUUAAUUAUGUAAGGGAGGAAAGAUUCCCAUACCACCUGAUGCAUUACAAGAAAGACAAUUUUAGGGUUAAUUCUGAUGGAACGUGGAGUUUAGUCAAGAACCUUACACCUUGAUAAUUGCAACAGAGGAGAGAGAAAUGCAGAGAGCCAUAUGGAUAGUUUACAAAAUUGCUUAGAACCAUUGCAUAAAAGACUUGACCACCAAAAUACUAAGCAUUAAAGGAAUAAAUCGGGAAAGAAUAAAAAGCCACAUCAAGGCAGAGACCAUUUGGUGGAGGAAAG